AUGGCCACUCGCCCGACCGUCUCGAUCGCUACGGCUGAGGGUAAGCCCUCUGGGGCUACCCAGACCCUUCCCUCGGUCUUCUCUGCUCCUAUCCGUCCGGAUAUUGUCCAGCAGGUCCACACCGGCAUGGCCAAGAACAAGCGCCAGCCCUACGCCGUCAGCGAGAAGGCUGGUGAGCAGACCUCUGCUGAGUCCUGGGGUACCGGUCGUGCUGUCGCUCGUAUUCCCCGUGUUUCUGGUGGUGGUACUCACCGUGCCGGUCAGGCUGCCUUCGGUAACAUGUGCCGUUCCGGUCGUAUGUUCGCUCCCACCAAGGUCUGGCGCAAGUGGCACCAGAAGAUCAACCUGAACCAGAAGCGUUUCGCUACUGCUUCCGCCCUGGCUGCUUCUUCCGUCCCUGCCCUCCUCUUCGCCCGUGGUCACCGCGUCGGCAAGGUCGCCGAGGUUCCCCUCGUCGUUGAGUCCAAGACCUUCGCCGGUGCUGCCCUGACCAAGACCAAGGCUGCUAUCGCCCUUCUCCAGGCUCUCGGUGCCGGUGAGGAGCUCGUCAAGGUCUCCAAGUCCCGCAAGCUCCGUGCCGGUAAGGGUAAGCUGCGUAACCGCCGCUUCCGCCAGCGCCGUGGUCCCCUCGUUGUCUACAACCCCGAGACCGAUGGCAAGGAGCUUGUCCGUGCUUUCCGCAACAUCCCCGGUGUUGAGACCUCCUCCGUCUUCUCCCUCAACCUCCUCCAGCUCGCCCCUGGUGGUCACCUCGGUCGUUUCCUCGUCUGGACCUCCUCCGCUUUCGAGGCUCUUGACCAGGUCUACGGUUCCACCACCACCCCCUCGGCUCUCAAGAAGGACUAUCUCCUGCCCUCCAACCUUGUUGCCAACUCUGACAUCACCCGUCUUAUCAACUCCUCUGAAAUCCAGGCCGUUGUCAAGGCUCCCAAGGGUGAGGCCCGCACCAAGCGUGUCAACGUCCAGAAGAAGAACCCUCUGCGCAACAAGCAGGUUAUGCUCCGUCUUAACCCCUACGCCUCUGCUUACUCCAAGCAGAAGCUCGGUCAGCAGAGCGUUGAGGGUGGCAAGCCCGCUCGCGCUGGUGAGACUUUCCUCAACACUCUGUCUGAGGAGUAA